AUGAGGGCCGGUGAAAAGGUUGGAUGGGGCAUUCUGAUCGGGAGCGCGUUGGUGUUGUUACCUCUGUUGUUGGUUGCCGGGAACGUCUUUAGGCAGGUCGCUCUUCCGAGGGACCCGACGUUGCCUCCCUUGGUGUUCCAUUACAUUCCCUGGUUUGGAAGUGCCGCCACGUACGGUAUGGACCCUUACAAGUUCUUGUUCGACUGCCGUGAACAGUACGGCGAUUUGUUCACUUUCAUCCUUCUCGGAAGGAGGAUGACGGUCGCGCUCGGGCCAAAGGGGAACAACUUGAUCCUCGGCGGUAAACUCAGUCAGGUCUCGGCCGAGGACGCUUACACCCACUUGACCACCCCGGUCUUUGGAAAAGGUGUCGUCUACGACUGCCCGAACGAAAUGUUGAUGCAGCAGAAGCGCAUGGUCAAGUUUGGUCUUUCCACCGAAAACUUCAAGUCCUACGUUCCUCUCAUCAAGAAGGAGGCCACCGACUUCAUGAACAACGAGCUCAAACCCGUCGCUGGCGAAUGGAAACAAGCUCACGCGCUCCACAGCAUGGCAGAACUGACCAUUCUCACGGCUUCGGCGACUUUGCAAGGAAAAGAAGUCCGUGGCAAGUUGGACAAGACGUUUGCCAGGCGUUACGAGGCGCUUGAUGGAGGUUUCACUCCGAUCAACUUCAUGUUCCCCAACCUGCCGUUGCCAAGCUACAAGAAGCGGGACAAGGCGCAGAGGGAGAUGAGCGAGUUUUACCAGGAGAUCAUCAGGGGUCGUAGGGAAGGUGGAGCUGAUCACGAUCACGAUAUGAUUGCCGCUUUGAUGAGCUCGGCCUACCGUGACGGAACCCCUCUUUCGGACUCGGACAUUGCGCACAUGAUGAUCGCCCUCCUCAUGGCUGGUCAACACACUUCGUCUGCUACUAGCUCUUGGACUCUUUUGCACUUGGCCGAUCGUCCCGACGUCUACGAGGAACUCUAUCAAGAGCAGAAGGAAAAGUUCGGGAACCCCGAUGGUACUUUCCGUGAUUUGACUUACGAGGACUUGAAGGACUUGCCCUUGUUGGAUUCGUGUAUCAGGGAGACCCUGAGGAUCCACGCCCCUAUCCAUUCGAUCAUGCGCAAGGUCAUGUCUGAUAUCCCGGUCCCUACCUCGGUCGCCGCCCCCGCCAUCCCCGAGAAGAACGCGUCCUACGUCAUCCCUGAAGGUCACUUCGUUCUCGCUUCCCCCGGUGUCGCUCAGAUGGACCCCAAGGUCUGGCAAGAUGCCUCGAUCUGGAACCCUCACCGAUGGGUCGACGAGAAGGGUGUCGCUAGCAAGGCCUUGGCUGAGUAUGACGGAGGUGACAAGAUCGACUAUGGGUAUGGUUCCGUCAGCAAGGGUACCGAGUCACCUUAUCAGCCUUUCGGAGCCGGUCGACAUAGGUGUAUCGGAGAGAGCUUUGCUUAUCUCCAGCUCCAGACCAUCCUCGCGACCUUUAUCCGGAACAUGGAGAUGAAGCUCGAGGAGCCUUUCCCCAAGACCAACUAUCAGACCAUGGUUGUUCUUCCCCUCCCAGCCAAAAUCUCAUACAGGUUGAGAAAGUAG